CCACGCGCAGUCAUUUCUUUAGCGUUGCGCGCUAAACGCACGCGCGUGGACUGACGCGCCGGUUUUCGCGGGAAAUUCAAAUUACGAACAACCUUGUGGUCACGUGGAAAAUAUUUUGAAUGUGAACACAACGAGGAUUUUGACGGAUCUUUUAAAAAUAGUACAUUUAACUUCUGGAUUUCAACAUGGAGAUGAUAAUGCUUCUUUUAUGCGUUAUACCAGCGCUAGUAACACCAAUAACCAUAUCACCAAAUGGCAAUAGUCCAGAAAUCAAAAUGGUCGGGGGCAUGAUGGUGGAUGUGCAGAAAGGAUUUAUUCCGAUGGCGUCGAAUAAGAAGGAGACAAUAGUAAAUCUAAACAACUACGAACGAAGCAGAAAGUUAGUAAAUAACAAUACCAAAUUAUCAAUAAACGAACGGUACAGAAGACUUAUACCGUACAUGACAUUUUACUAUGCCAACGAUUUGGCAACACCGACAACGGAAGCUUAUAGUACUAAGAACGUCGAAGUUGAAAAAGCGGAAAUCAUUGAAGCAACCACCAUCGGUCAUCCGAACGACCGCCAGCCCAAGAAGAUAUACUAUCCAUCCCACAGAAAUAUACCAAGGUACCAGGGUAAUAGAUUAACCCAAUAUAAUAUAGCUUCGGCAAAUCCUACAAAGUUUUUAUACAAAGAAGUAGUACCUGUUUAUGAAAAACCUGUAAAAGUAACUCCUAAAUAUAAUCCACUGUUAUCUAAUAGUGGUUAUGUGAUAGACAAUAAUUAUGACUAUGAGAAACAAAUAAUCAAGGCUCCGAGUGCACCAUUUUUAUCACCGACUCGAAAACCAUACGUAAACUUAUAUAACAAUGACGAUUCAGCGAAUAUUAGAUAUUAUUUAUCAGAAAAAGAACAGACUCCGAAAUUUAAAUUAGUGCCUUACGAACAGACCCCUACUGUUACAGUAACGCCUCAAAACCACCAACUUUAUGAACCGAAGAAGCCUGUCCGUAUUUUAAUACCAAAAGAGCAGGUAUACAUAAAACCUAGACCACUUCAUCCUCAGCUUUAUUAUGGUAACGCAAACAUUCAGCAACUUACGGCGCGAAAACCACAAACCACGCCUUUAGACAAUUACUACGAAAAGCGAAGACCACAGCCUGUAAUUAUACAACCGAUAGUCGAAGGUGGAUUCAAACCUAUCACAAAUCCAGAACAAAUCUCAACGGAAGCACCAAUUUAUAGCACGUCAUCACCAGAAAAAUCAUCAUUAUAUUACGAGAGUCUGAAGCAACCACCAGUUCCACAAUCGUAUGUUACCUCUACUGUUGCCCCUAACCUUGUAUUUAAGCCAAAUUAUUAUCAAUACGUAGUAGAGCAACAAACUUUGAAACCAGGACCGGAGCAAGUGGAGUAUAGACCACAGAUAGAGCAACCAACAUACAACCCUGCUCAGCAUUCUCCUCCUAAUACUAUUACUUUGAGCGAUUUAAUAAAUACCCUACAGCUGAAUAAAUCUAUUCCUAACCCGAUUACGCAAGAAAACGUAGGGGCUUCGAUAAGGACACUCAUACAAGUGUUGAAUAGUUUGAAAGCAGCACAGCAUCAUAAUGAAUUGGAGUCUCCAGUGUUAAGUACUCCUGCACCAUUUGUAAGCCCUGAAGUGGAUGUCGAUGUGACAGCAAGGCCAGUGGUGGAAGCCACUCCGAUACCAAUAGUAGAUGAACCUGGAUUAAUUGAAGAACCAUAUCUUGCGCCUGUUAAAACGCCGUCCCAACAUAUUGAUGAGUACCCCAGCAGAGGCGUGACUAGCCAGCGGUUUCCUCUUCCAAUCACGUCAGAUGACGAAGGCGGUACUCCUGGCGUGCCAGGCGUGGACUACCCCACACUCACAACGAUCCCUCAGACGAGGUUUAAUUGUAAAACUCAACGUUACAAAGGUUUCUUCGCUGAUCCGGAGACUAGAUGUCAGGUGUGGCACUACUGCGAUCUGAACGGGGGUCAAGCGUCGUUCUUGUGUCCCAACGGUACGAUAUUCUCGCAGGCGGCGCUGACCUGCGAUUGGUGGUUCAACGUUAAAUGCUCCACUACUACCCAACUCUACGUGCUCAACGAGAGCUUGUACAAGUACAUACUGCCGCACUCGCCCAAAUUCCCAGAGGAUUACAGCGGACCUCUGGUCGACAAAUACCUGACACUAAAGUUCAAGGAGAUGGAAGAGCAGUUUAAGAAGAACAAGAAGAAGACUGCAUCAGAGAAAAUUGAUGAUGGUGAAUCGGAAGAAUCCGGUGAACCAGAAAGCACAGACGCACCCGAUCAUGAUGACAAGACCAAUACAGUCAGCGAAGCGAGCGUCAUUGUAGGCACCCCUGGCAGCAGCGGAAAUGUUGAAAGACUGUCAGAGUAAUAACAUUUAGUACAAGCAAUAGAAGCAUUUCGUUUGCAAUUAAUUUAGGACAUUGGUCUUUGCUUACGAAAUACUGAGUCAAAUAAGAUUUGUAAUAACAUUCGUAUUACGUACUUACUUAUGAAUAUAAUUAAAGCCUAGAUCUAAUAAACUGUGAUAGUUCAAUGUCCACUCUAUGUAUUUAUAUCAUGUAUUUAUAUAUUUAUGCUUCGAGUGUGUUACUACCAUUGUUACAGUAAUGCACUGAUAAUAUUAUUUAUCGUUGCGUGAAUCUUAUUUUAUAAAUUUUGUAUUUGCUAUUUAGCUGCGCAAUAUUUUAUGCUAAGCUUGUUAUUGAGUGGACAGCAUUAAUUUAAGGAAUUAAACUUGCCAUACUUUGCCAUGUUUAAUUCAAUGUUUUGUAAAAAAAUGUGAGCUUGGGGAUACGUGACGAACAUAUAAUUUUGAUGUAAGUCGAAAUAAAUUAUUCUAGUUUAGAAAAAUGUUCCAAUACUCAGUGUUAGGCAUAUAUGUUGGAUUUGUGCAAUUUGUAAAUAUUAAUGUGCGAGUGUAUCUAUUGUCCUGCCAUUCAUUUCAUCAAUAUUUGUCGUGCAAUAAAUUAUUAUUCAAUGUAAA